CUCUCUAUUUGCGCUGCAGGUGGUCACAUAAACCCGGCUGUGACUUUUGGUUUGUUCUUGGCAAGGAAGGUAUCGUUGAUCCGUGCUGUUAUGUACAUGAUUGCACAGUGUUUGGGUGCCAUUUGUGGAGUUGGGCUGGUGAAGGCCUUCAUGAAGGGGUACUACAACCGUCUAGGCGGCGGCGCUAACUCGGUGUCUCAUGGUUACAACACAGGCACAGCUUUGGGUGCUGAAAUCAUCGGCACCUUUGUGCUUGUUUACACCGUCUUCUCCGCCACUGACCCCAAGAGAAGUGCACGUGACUCUCAUGUCCCUGUUUUGGCUCCUUUACCAAUUGGAUUUGCAGUGUUCGUGGUGCACUUGGCCACCAUCCCUAUUACUGGAACUGGUAUCAACCCUGCUAGGAGUUUUGGAGCUGCCGUCAUCUUCAACAAUGAUAAAGUCUGGGAUGACCAUUGGAUUUUCUGGGUUGGACCAUUUGUGGGAGCAUUGGCAGCAGCAGCAUAUCAUCAGUACAUCUUAAGGGCUGCAGCUAUUAAGGCAUUGGGAUCAUUCCGCAGCAACCCCACAAACUAAUAAGCAAAAUUGAAUUUCUUCAUCUGUAAUCUAUU